GGGUUAACCGCGGUUUGAGCGUAGCGUUCAUUAGUUGUUAUGUUGUCUAGGGAAGAGUUACGGCGCUCCUGUAAAUGUAAUAUAGGCUACGGUUUCUGGCAGCAAAACACAGGAUGGAUUACCGGUGAUUGUCCGAGGAAUCCGAGAUCUCCGGAAUGUUUUGACGGUCUUUCCCUGGAUGGCAUCUAUUUCGGGAUGCGACUAGGGACAGUGCGUUUAAGUGUGCUAGUCUUUUCCUAAAAGUGGUAUACGUUUAGAAUAAAAUCAUGUCAAGGCUGAAUCGGAGAGUUUUUUUCAUUCUCAGACAGUAGCACAUUUUGAGUGAAACUUGCAUAUUUCUUCAUGGAUGCAGUCAGUAGCAGGAUAUUAAAUAAUAUUUAUGGAAUAAUGACUUUAAUUGUGUAGCUGUUCCACUCCCAUUUUUAAAUUUUGCUUUUUUUAACGGGUUCCCUCUGAAUCCUCUAUAGGUUUUUUUUACGCGUAAUUUCCAUCAUGUUUACUUUCGCUGCCUUCUGCUAUAUGCUCUCCUUGGUCCUCUGUGCUUCUCUCAUCUUCUUCGCAAUCUGGCACAUAACAGCCUUUGAUGAGCUCCAGGAAGAUUUUAAGUGUCCCAUUGAUCAAGGAAAUCCACUUCAUGCGCGAGAGAGGCUCCGCAACAUCGAGAGGAUCUGCUUCCUGCUGCGGAAGCUCGUCCUGCCUGAGUACUCCAUUCACGGGCUGUUCUGCAUCAUGUUCCUGUGCGCACAGGAAUGGCUGACAGUGGGCCUCAAUAUCCCUCUGCUCUUCUACAACACGUGGAGGUACUUCCACAGCCCCACGGACUCCCCAGAGCUGCCCUACGACCCAGCGUCCGUCAUGAACGGCGACACACUGAAGUUCUGCCAGAAAGAAGCCUGGUGCAAGAUGGCCUUCUUCGUUCUCUCCUUCUUCUACUAUCUGUACUGGUGCGUGGUUCUCCUGCCCCUCCUCACCCAGUGAGCGGAGUCUCUGUCUCUCUCUCCUUUUCACCUCAUCCUUUGUCUGAUUAUACAUCAGUGCUGUCCUCUUCACAUCUAACCACAUGGUGUGUUUAAACAUGUUCUAGAAGAUUCUUUAAAAAAAAUAACAUAAUGACCAAUAAUAGCUUUUUGUAGACACAGCAUUAUAAUUAACUGGACUUGUUUCAGUGUCUUAGAUAUCGAUUAAUAUUGUCAAUGCUGGUAACAGCUGAUUUUUUUCCAUACUGUUGUGAACUUUGAAUUUGUUAGAAUCCAGUCUAAGUUUAAAACCCUGUUUUUGAUUUCUGCCUACAUUUAAAGUUCAAUGUUUGAGUCCUGUCUACAUUUUUAAUCCUGUGUUAAAAUCCUGUCUGCAUUGUUAAUCCUGUGUUAGAAUCCUGUCUACAUUUAAAGUGCAGUGCAGCUGUUGGGUGGAAUUUCAAAGCAGUAUGUAAAUGUACAUUUCACCAGCACAGUGAUUAGGGUGGUCAGGAUUUCAAUUCGUGCUUUUCCUAAACGGCAGCUAUGUGUGUGGCCAUUUCGCCUCCCUCCUUUUUCAGCGUGUGCUGGACCCGAGUGUCGAGUUCUCUCAUCGCUUCUGUGCACCCCUACUCCUCAGCACUGAACGUUGUGGUAAAGGUGAUGGGGUUUUACAAACGUCACUCAGAGAAAAGCUAGCAGCAGCCUUUAAGUUCCUGCUUUCCAACCAGACGACAUCCUCUUAUGAACAUCUUUGUUUUACAUCAUAGGCUGUCGCCAUCCAAUGAAAUGGCUCCUUUUACCUUCCACUCCCCACUCACUCCUGCCUCAGUGAAUCUCUCUUCUGGAUCUUUCUGUGUGUUCUCUCGUACCCAUGGCACCCCUCACAUGCAUGAACCCUGACAACGGUCCCCCACAAUUCCCAAGUGGCUAAUGUUAAGCCGGUUCCACUCACGGAUCACUAAAAACCAGUCCGUUGGCAGACGUUAAUAGCAUGGUUUAACAUGGCUUAUUAGAUGACCUGCUACUUAAAUUUAAUGAGACAGAAAUGACAGUUUUGAUACAGAAUCCAUGGAGGUGCCCACUGCAACACUCACUGCAAUCUAACUGGUCUGAAUCUCAGCCAUGUGAAGGCCAGCAGCGAGGACAGGCAACACGUAAUAAUGACAUCAUCAGCCUAAUGUGCUCUCUUCAUUUAUGAAGGACCUCAGUGGUACCUACUGCCAUCAGUAGGCCUUAGCAAAUGCUGGUUUGUAGGUCCUUCAUAUUGCUCACUUAAUGUUGGCCUGGUCCUCAGUAUCCACCCACAUGAUAGAACCAUAACCAUAAACAGUGAGGCAAAAACAGGCCUUUAAGUAGUUCAUAGCCAACAUCUUCUCAGUAGCAGAUUGUGUUAUUGAAGGGGGGGGGGCUAUAAUUAAAUUGCAGCUCUGGCUGGGGGAGGACUUGUAUCUUCUCCACUCCUCGUUUCUUCUGAUCUAGACCGCAUAGCACAAAUUAUUCUCAGUUUUUGUUUGUUUCUUGCCAAACCUCAUCUGGUGUAUUAUUGAGCCUCUUUUAACACAAAAGCAUGUCCACAGGAUCAGAACACAAACAGGAGCUCUGCCAGUGCACUCUCACCUAAUAAUGGCUCCCUAAGUUAUAAGAAUUAGUUAAUUCAAGUCUCAGGUGCAUCUAUCAGUCGCCUUCUAAGGUGGGAGACCCAGCCAAAAAAAGUGACCCAAUCAGAAUGCAGCUGGUGCUAAACCACUCCCAUAUUUUAUGCCUGCCAUAUUUAGGAUCCUUGAGAUACUCAAUUACUUAGCAAAUUCACCUGAUUCCUAUAUUGGCAAUAAUUCCUUUUUUCUUCUUCCUUUCCUCUCUGCCCAGUAUGAUCUACACUCUGGUAACCUCAUAACAGGGGACAGCCAAGAAGAACCUCCUAGGACCGUUUCUAGCACAAAUAGAGGUUCCACAGCCCAAAAACGAACACCUCUCUGAAGCACAGCACGAAAUAAUGAGGAAAGGCGUGAUCUGAGACGUUUAGCUACAGUGGAUCCAGUCUCCACAAAUUAUGUAAAAAAUAAUUGUUUACAGUUAAAGGUCAUAAACUGAUAUGUCUUACACAUGCUACAAAUUAGCCAUUCACAUUCGUCUUUUCCUCCUUGGUUUAUACUCAUAACAUAAGCCUUGUAAUGGCCAGGAGCAACUUGCUCAGUAGUUCUUAGUUUGUACAGUUUGCCUCAGGCUUGUUUGGUUGUCUGAGUCACCAGUCAUUUCAUUUUUGUGAUGUUGACUGACAUUGAGAUUAAACCAGCAGGUCAAAGCAAAGUCAAAACAGCAGACAAGGUCAUUGAAUGUUGUAUUUUUACUUAAUCCAUAUACAGUAUGGCUUCUGUAUUCAUAUACACAAAAUACACAACUAGCUUACGUACAGUAAUGUGUGCAAUAGUGCAUUCUGGGGAAAAAAGGUUGUUUUUGAUACAUGAUUUAUAAUGUAUUAUUAUGUGGAUAUGGUUUCUUUGUGAUGCUCUUGUGUUGUCAUGUGGUAAUGGAAACCAUUACAAAAUUAUGACUUUACUGUUAAACAAAAAAGUAAGGUUUUAUUUUAAAAGGUUAAUAUUAGAAGUCUUUGCUUAAGUACAAAUAGCCAGUAUGAUUUUGCACAAUAGGCAGUAUGAUUUUGCACAAUAGGCAGUAUGAUUUUGCACAAAUUAGCAUUAUUUCCAAGUUUCAUACUGUACAUUUGUACGCCCUGAUAGGGUUAAGGUCUUCCAGCACACCCAAAAUGUUAAUUCCUAUUUUAUUUAGUAAACUGCGCUGUAUGAUUAACAAAAUGUCCAUAUUCUUAAUGGUAUCACAGACCAAUGUUUUCAUCCAUCCAUCUUUCGUCCACUAAUCAAGUGUACAGUCACUCAAAUUUUUAAAAAUCUUUUGUUAAUUUUUUUGUCAAUCGAUGUGUUAUUUAUUUACAUAUUUUAAUUGAGAUAUCAUGCUUACUUUAUCUUCAUAUCAUUGUGGCAUGAUUUUCAUUUGAUUGAGGCUUAAAUCGAACUUUAAGUGUCGCCACUGACGUUGUUUUCCUCUCCGACGCUUGCAGAACAUGGCGUUCAGUCUCUGGCCUCAUUCUGAAUUCUGUUAAAAACAUCCCAGCUCAGUUUCUUUGCAUGUCAUUUCACAGCUUUCCUGAGAACAGGCACUGACCGAUAAUUGAAAGGCUUUUUUUCCCCCACCAGUCUCCAUAGUAUACAAUCGCUCAGAGCAGAGAAGGUACUUGCUGAUGCAGUCAGUAGCCCAGUGUGAGAACAGCUGUUUGUUGCAAAUGCAACACACAUCAUCACUUAUCCUAGUUUAUGUUUGCCAACUUUUUUUAAGAUACUCCCCUCAAUACUUUUUUCCAGACAACUUUUCACAAAGGAACACAAAAAAAAAUCUUUAUUGCUGUACAAUCUUAUUCCAAUAUUUAAUUUCUCUUGUGUGUAUCCUGUGAUUAGUUGAAUCAUUAUCAAAAUAAAGUAGUGAUUUUAAAAAUAA